UGGGUAUUGCUCUGAUAGCUGUGAGGUGGGUAUUGGUCAUAAACAGGUGCAUUAAUUUUAUUGCAAUAAUAAAUAUUUUGCUUGUGAAUCUGCUAGUCUGAUAGCUGGGGGCACUUGAGCCUAGGAAGUUUUUCGAUACCGUGGGAAAAUCUCUAGAUCGGCGGCGCCUUUUGAAAAUAGAUUAAUGGUGGGCUAUGAUGGCUAUGCUGGAGGAGGGCUUUUACGUGGUAGAAGUGGGUAUUGUUCUGAUAGCUGUGAAAACACUCUACUCUUUACCCUUAUAGUCGUCCUUUUUUUUCCAAUUUUAGCAGACACCGCAAAAACCUUACGCAAGCACCAAGCAACACUAGCUCCCGCAGCUGGAAAACGAAUAUGGAAAGGUGUGAACUACGUUGUUUGAAAUGUAUUACCAUUCCCUUCUUAGUUCUUAGACACUCGUCUGAAUGUAAAAUAAAGAAUGCUGGUAAACGUUGUUGGGCGUGGCUUCUGGAGAAGUUUUUUCGCCACCGGCGGGCUGUUCACCCCCCUCAUAAAUGCCGGUGCAUGAACAUCAGCACCCACGAGGUUUUCUGAAACCCGGUACCCCUGUAAUAUAUUAUGCCAAUAUAUGAAAAGUUGUAUCAAGAAUUUAUGAAGGAAUAUACCUAUAGAUUUGGAGCACUGAACCAAAUAACUCAUUUAUUUCUAAUUAUAAUAUGAUUUUUACAGGGAGGAUGCUCAAGUUCCACAGGAUAUUCCGUUAAUUAACAUUCAAAUGGUGGGGCCCACAAUACAAAAAUGAUUUGUUGUCAAUUUUGAUUCGUUUAAGGCAGCAACCUAUGUGAUUUCAAGGGAUUGUACUAAAAUGUCUGUAUGUAAAAUAGAUCAUUCCAAAAAAUAUUGUGGCCAAGUAGGUAUAAGGUUUGUUCAAAUUAUCAGCCAGAGCCAAUCAAAUCCAUUAGACAAUUUCAAACAACUUCUAGCUGAAUUUGCAAUAAUCAUUUCACAAACACUCACAUAAUAAACAAUAUAAUGUUUUGUUUAUUAUUUCAUUGCUCCCACCCGAUGAUUAUACACGAUAAAGUCCAUGACUCAAAUAUCUGCAGUUGCCAGUAAUCUGCAAUCCCUUGCUCAGCAUGUAUCAAGUUUAAAAAAAAUUAAAAUUAUGUCGGUCUUAUUGGAUAACAUUACAAAUUGUGUCUGUUUGGCAUUUGAGGCUUUGCAACAAGACAAAACGGGCUUUGUUAACAAGUCUAAAUUAAAGGUCCUAACGGCAAACAUCGGCACCCUGCUCGAUUUGUACGGCGUCGAACGAGGCCUGGAACACUACAGAAGUACCACAACUUUAAAUUUUGAACAAUACAAGUACUAUUUGCAAAAUGAGGUUUUUUCUUCGUUGCCAACAAAGUUGCCAUUGGCCGAACUGCGAGACUAUGAAAGUAGAAUAGCUGAGGUUUGCUGGCUUGUGUGCAGAAAACGCUACUUGCAAAGGGACUACAAAAUAUUUACAAGCGAAGCUGUUUUUCAAUUGUACAGGGUGUUUUGUGUUUUGGCCGAGUUGGUUGUUGACAAUCAAAACGAACAAACCUUAUUGCUACAUCCUACAGAGGUAUGUAACAUAGCUCAAACAAUAUCGAGUUCCUUGGGUUGUACAUUUGACGAAGAAGAUUUCACAAAUUUAAGCAUUUCUAUGGGUAACGUAAGGCUUACUCCGUUUAUAGCCCUUUUAGAAUCGCGUUGCGUUAUUGGCAUUAAAGAUACCAAAGCCAUAAGAGAAGCAAUAACAGAAGUCUACCAAAAAAUCGUGGAAGACGUCAUUAAAAAAGGCUACCUAACAAAGAAAGGCUACAUCUUUCCGACAAUGAGAGAGUUCUGGUUCGUGCUUAGACCUUCAGAGUUGACCUACUACAAAACCCGAUCAGAAAAGGACAAGAGUGGCUCAUUAACAAUAGAAGUUGGGACAAAAAUCGAAGCUACAACGGGCUACAGGAUUAUUUUGCACGGUACUGAGCGGAAUUUUGAGCUAGGAGCUUCCGAUCACAUGACCAGACUUCAGUGGAUGUCCGCUCUACAACUUGCCGCCGAUCAUUCCGGCAGCCAGCAAACUUAUCAGAGAUUGCAAGCGGCCAAACGACGGUUGCAAAGGCAAGGACGUGUACAGGAAAUGAUACAGGCAAAGACUCAAUUGCAACUGGAAAGGAGUGCCAGACAAGCGGCAGAAGGCCAAGCAAAAGAGCUGGAAGCCUUGGUCAAAGAAGAUUCCAAAAAACUGGAACAACUGGCCGAAAUCAAAGUGAAACUGGAAAAAUUACUGGAAGAAGAAACUCAAGCCAAAAGAGAUGAAGAAAUUGUAAGGGCACUUCAAGCAAGAGUUUUGGCCGAAGAAUGGGAAAAACGUGACGAAUUGGAAAGGUUGCAAGGCGAACAAAAAAUGCUUCUUGAAGAAGAACGCAUAAAACGAAAAGAAUAUGAAGACAGACAAAGACAAAAAGAAGAACAACUGAGAGGUGCCGAGCAAAGAUUGGCCCAACUGGAAAAAGAACGUCAAGCUUUAGAUGAAGAACUAAAACAAGCCAGAGAGAAAAUCGUUUUAUCUGAAGGCAAAAAGGAUUUCUUGGAAGCUAAACUUUACCAAUAUACACCUGGUGACAAAGUGAGAAGAACCCAUUCGUUUAUUCCAAGCACAAAAGAGAGGCCGAUAUUAUUAGAAGUACGCUCUGCAACACUGAGAAGACCAACUAAAAAUUAAUAGUAAAAAGUAUUUUAUUUAUUUUGAAAUAAUUAUUACAAAUAACAAAUAAUAAAACAAAGAAUUGGGUUUUUUUUUUUUUUCAUAAUAACAUCACAAUAUUAAAAUCACAUUUUUAUUAUAAAGUGGGCAUUCAGACUAAAGUAGCAUGUGACAUGCGCCUUGCUGCUAAGAAGCAAGGAGCAUGCUACUUCUGUUUUGCAGGUUGCAUGCUACUUUGGUGUGAAUGCUCACUAAAUAAUCAAUAUAAAUGCUUUUUGUUAAUUUGCACCUUAAUAUAAAUAAAAGUCAAAUUUAAACAUUUUCAACAACAAUAAAUUAACAAAAAAAAAAAGUGCAAAAACUCCCUCCACACAGUUAAGUGCAAGACUACAUACGAAUAACAUAAAUGCACCGCCAUUUUAAUACUGAUUUCUUUGGGCAAAAACUAGUGUCAUGCUGCUUAUAAUUGACUGUGUAUAGAAAAAUAACUGCCGACUGAUUUUAUAUGAGAUUCCUUUUUUAUUUAAAGCAAAGCAACAUUUAUCUAGGAAUCUUAUCGAGAAAAUCGCCCUCUACAACUUUGUCAAUCUUGUCCAAAAUCAUAUCCAACUUUUUAUCGCUUUGCCUGUCAGCAAACAAGUUGUCACUUGCUACAGAUUUGGUGCACUCAGUCCUAUGUCGAUUGGAACAAGAGCUUAAUGUUUUAAAGAAGCUGUGGAGGUCUUUAAGUUGCGUAAUCACAUUAACAGUUAACAGCAACUCGUUGCGUUUCAUUGGCAAAAUAUCAAUUUGCGUAUCAGAAAAUUUCCGAUCCAUAAACUCAGCUAUUCUGACUACGUGAGGCACAAAACUGUCAGAUUUGUUUAAUAAAUCGUCUCCCACAAAAGCCCAACGAUACCUGCAAUAAUUUAUAUAAUAUCUAUUAUUUUUGUAUUAGUGAUGGUAACGUACAUUUGAAAUUGUGGUAGAGUUGUGGCUGGUAAUAAUAAAGCUAAAUCCAACAAUUUGGCCGUAGCAAGUUGCAACCUGAGCCAAUGAGGAUGUCCCAAAGCGUGCAACCCGUUGUUGCUAUUGGUCGCCCAGCUAGCGUCUAACGAGGACAUCAGUUUUAUAUGAGAGCUAAACAAUUAUUAUAAUUCAGUAAUAAUUUCUUAUUAUUAUUAGCGCAAUUUAUUUACCUGUUGUUAGUUGUCCUGAAGGAACGCAAAAUAAUACAUUUUUUGUUAGUAUGUACCUACACUCACAAAUACAAAAAGAAAAUUCUUACCUGAAUUCUUCGCUGUCGGUGCUCAACUCUUGUUCGAUUUGCAGGAAGACUUGCAACAUUUCGCUAAUUAUUAUUGGCCACAAGCUGGUCACGUGAAUAGGGCUCAUUCUGAUGAGAAUCACGCGGAAGCACAUAAAAACUUGUGCCUGAAUACCUGGCACAUUCAAUCUAAGACUUGUUGUUAAUUGUUCUAUAAGAAAAUACAUUAUAUUUUACAUUAAUACAUAUUGACAAUUAUUACCUUGUAUUUCAGGCAUAUAUUUAGCAUAUUGAUCAAUUUCGCUGCAAAAUAUAAUAUAAGCAAGUCGUUUUAGUAGUUGAGCCUUUUGCUCAUAUUCUUGUUCUCUGGAAGAGAAAAUCCCUAAAGUGCCGCUUUGAGGCAUCGAUACCCUGCUCAUUAAAUCUCUAAAAGUUGUAUUAUCGUGAGUCAUUAAAUUAUCCACAAUUACCCGCCAAUAUUUUAAACAACUGUAGUCCAUUUGAAAUAAAGUAUUAUCCAAUAGUAAGUCAAAAACAUCUUUUUUCCACGCUUUUCUUGUAUAUUGGUAGCUACUUAAGCUGGACAACAGCUUAGAGCAAGCAUUAAAGCUGGGCAUGUUUUUGACUGUAUGAGUUUUUAAAUAGGGCACGAUAUUACACAUUAGGGAAGCCAAAAUGCUAUUGACUUUGUCUUUUUCCUGAGACCCGAAACAAAUAUCUAAAAUAGGGGCUAAGAUUUCAGCUAAAACAAGCUGAGCUUGGACGCUGUGGCUGGAACUCAGCACAAAGUCAGUGUUUGGUAUGUUGGCGUCUGGGGUGGUUUCUUCGUCUUCGCGUACCGCAAAGUUUCUUCUUAGCCAAGUGGUUUGUUCCAGGCAAGAGCCACAAACUUGGGAGACACAGUCGAU